GUGUACACUCCAAAAUGGUGAACGUCGCCGGCGACGACAACGAUGAUUUCGGCGAUCUCUACGCCGACGUUGAAGUUCAAGCAAGUUCAGCAAUCAAUGCUCUACAGAGUUCAACGAAGGUUCAAACGGAAGUUAAUGAGGUUAACGACAAUGCUGCUGACGGAAACUGUAAUCGUGAAAAUGCUGUAAGAGGAGAAGAGGAAUGUGAGAGCGAGAGUGGUGAUGACUUGAACAUACUGUUGAAUGAUGAUGAAGGUGAUGAUGAUUUUCUCAAUGCUGGAUGUGAUGAAGAUGAAAUUGAGGGAAAUGGAGGUUUUAGUGUUAGUGAUAAAGGAAAUGGUUUAGGACAGAAUUCAAAUGGCAGUGGAAGUGGCAAUGGAGAGAAAAACAGUUACAAGAACACAAGACCACCACAAGCAGCAUAUUCAAGUCAUCUCAAAGCCAAUAGAUCUUCUUGUUCGCCUUCUUACUCUACAGCAUUUGUCAAGGGCAAAUGGGAGGAUAAUAGCUACACACAAAGGGCGGGCUCAGGCUUUGCUGUUCAAAAUGGACAGAGCUUCUCACUUCCUCGGUCGAGGAAUAUAUUGGACGUGAAUAUUGAUAUGUUUGAGAAGAAACCUUGGCGGUAUCCAGGCACUGACUUGACAGAUUAUUUUAAUUUUGGCUUUGAUGAAGAUAGUUGGAAACAGUAUUGCAACUGCCUGGAUGAGCACCGAGAUCAAGCAAAAAAGAUAGUCAAAGAUUCAGACUACAAGACUUCGAAAAUUAGUAAGCCAAAAGGUAGAGAAAUAGAGGUGGAAGAGAGCAUGAUUGAGCGCCGACCAUCAGCAGAUGUGGGACGUCCACAGUAUCGGGAUUCUGGUGUCGUCAUACAGAUUGCUUUGCAGCAGUCAAUGGAAGAUCCCAUAAGUUCUACAAAAGAGCAGCGGGAAGCAUCUGAGAAUGGAGAUGUUGGGGGAGAUAGAAAGGAGUUUCUCUGUUUCAGUAGUGCCAGCGAAGAUGAGUUAGCCAGCUUGGAAGGAACUGGAGAAGGAUCAGGCAAGUCUACAUCUGGAAGGAUUACACCUGUUUGUGAGCACGUAUCUAUGGGUUCAGAUAACUACGGAAAUUCCGAGUUCUCUGAUGCAGAUGAGCGACACCACCAAGAGGGGACCUACUGUAAUGUUGAUCAAACCUCAGGAGCAAUUAGAUCUUCUCAUGAUGCAAAUAAAAGCAGUGAGAGAGACAUAUCUGAUCCAAGACAACCUAUAAAGUUGCAAGAACCACUGCAUGGUGGAGGCAGAGAGCAUAGCCCAGGUUCAUCUUGUUGUUCUCUAAGUCAUGGUGGCACAUCUGGAGAUGGGACUUUUCUUGACUUAGAGAAAUCUCAUGAUCAUCAUACAAGGUUAUUAUCGAACACAGAAUCUGAGUUACGGGAGAAGGGUACAAUUGAUUACCUGCCAAUUUAUGGAACCAAUCAUAACAGAACAAAGUCUGGUGAUCCUAAAUAUUUUACACGAGGUAGAAGGUCUGUGCAAAGAGAUCUGCUGCAUGACAGAAGAAGACCUGGUCGAAUGAGUGAAACAAUUCCUGCUCACCUGAAAGAUGAGGAUUCCCACAAAUCAGAUACUAGGUUACUGUAUGAAAGGCGUAAUUCAACUGUGAUCCGAUACAGACAGAGAGAUAGACGAUAUGCUUUUGACUCUCAUGAAAGGGAAGAUACAUUACAUUUUAAGAGGGCAGAACCCGUUUACUCUAAUGCAGGACGAUUUUCUGAUUAUCCAUGCCGGGAUUCUUUUACAAAAAAUCCUGAGAUGGAACAUCAGUUAAGAUGUAAAUAUGACAAAAACUGGUCUGGCGGUCGAAGCGUGAAAAGAAAGCUAGAUCCUCUUGAAAUAUCAAUUUAUACAGAUGAUGAAUUGUUGGAAAGAGAUAGACCCCAUUAUGGGAGAAGACUCACUGUUCAGGAUAUGGACACCGUUCCUUUUCAUGAAUCGGAACAAUGGAUCGAUAAGUAUAUUUCCUAUUCAGAUGAUGAGAAUCCCAGUCAACGAAUGCGGAAAAUAGAUCAGCUGCCGAGUAAGAAGAGAGUGAGGACUGAUGAUCUUGUAACUGAAUGUAAUUACAUCUACGAUAUCAUGGAAGAGACUGAUAACAGAUAUAGACCAUACAACCACAGGGAUACUAAUAUUCUAGAAGAUGGCUAUCAUGUAAAUUUGACUUAUUUCAGAAGAGAAAUUAAAAGCCCCAGUAGGGGCAAAAGGAGAGAUGUCAGUCCUUGCAAAAGUUCAAAUGAUAUAUGUUUCAUGGAUCUAAAGGAUGAGGAAGGGAGAUUUGAUGGGUAUCGACCUCCAUCCUUUCGUUUGUAUAGAGAAUCUUGUACUUCUAGCAGAAGGUGGCAGAGCCCUGAACUGCCACGUGGCAGACACGGAAUAUUCAGUGGGACUAGGAAAUGUGAUGGUGGUGCUAAUUUGACCAACUCCAUUGGUUCCGAUCAGGCGAGCAAGUAUCCUGGUAAUCAGGACAAUUUUAAAAGAAGAAGAGGGGGCCGGCAGUCUGAAGGGAUGCAAUGGGUUAAAGAUGAAAACAGUUCUAGGUAUCAGCAAAAUAUAUUCGAUGCUGAAAGGACGUCAUAUUCGUUCAGAAGAAGUUCAAGUGGCCGAAGGUUUAAUUCAUUUGACAAUAAUCAUGGACCCAACCCUGUAGAAAAACUUUUAGAUGAUAGGCAUGUGGAGCCGGAAAAAUGCAAAUUGAUCAGGGAAGGCAAUAAUGCCAGUCAAUUUGGUCAAGGGUCUAAAGUUUUUCAUAAAGAUAAUCAUUGGAGGAGAUUCCCAAGAGGGAGAGAUUCUGUUGACACGGGCUUGAUUGUUGAGAACGGAGAGUCCUCCGGAAGAUGCUCCAAAGCAGGGGGUGUAACAUCCUUUGACAGGUAUGGCCACUUGGAUUCAGAUAGUUAUGUGGAGCUGAAGCCCAUCGAUGGAACUAGCAAACCCCAUUUCAGGAAGACACUCGGAACACGAAAUGUGACGACUGAUCCUAAAGAAAAUGAUAAAGGAAGGCUUGAUAUAUUCUCAGAUGCCGACCAGGAAGAGUCUCUGGAUAUUGAAGAAGGUCAGAUAAUUGAAGAAAUGAACGAGAAAAUCAUUAAAAAGAGAAUUACAUGUUCUGGCAAAUCACAAAUCAGUGAAAUGAAGAAUUUCGCGUAUGAUAAAAAUGUGGAGGGACAGGACAACAACCCUAUGAUUUUGGAGAUCAUGGCAAAGAUGGAAAAGCGUGGAGAACGUUUCAAGCAACCUAUUGCUCUCAAAAGUGAUACAAAGAAUGUCUCUAAGCCUCUGGUUGAUUCGUUUGCUGUGUCAACUGAACCUAUGCAACCAAGACCAGCACGAAAGAGGAGAUGGGCUGCAAGCAAGGCAACUGUUUAAUGCUUAUAUUAGAGAAGCUGCGUCUCACUUCACCUUCAUAACUGGAUCUGUA